AGGCCCUAUUCAAUAUGCGUCUGUACUUGAUCUCUGGGAGAUAUAUCAGCCCGUCGGGUUUGAUUUCUAUGUCUGUUGGUUCCAAAGGUAACGCGAGUGCUUUUUGUACAGUGGCAUCAAACGGUUUACUGCCAAGACCAUGCCAUGAAGUGUACCAAUCGAUCGAGCCCAUAGAAGUGGUACCAUUUUCGUUACCAUUUGUUGACUCCAGAAACUUCCCGUUAAGUGCCAAAGCUGCUUCUGUUGGCUUGACAGAUCUCAGUGGCUUAGCAGUGGUUUGA